AUUACAGAAUUUUUACUGUCAAAAAUAAAUUUAAAUCCUAGAAGUUCAGAGAACUAAUUUGAAGAAUGAAACCUUGGAUGGCAGCGUAUCUCAUCAGCAUAGCAACGGCAUGCUGCAUCUUCUUCCUCGUUGGUGGACUGCCAGCUGGAAAGAGAUUCACCAAAAAGGAUGCUUACAGAUACUUCAAAAAGUUCGGUUACAUGAAAAUGAGUGAUGACGAAAACUCGAACGUCACGUUUCGACGUUCUGUUGAAAAAGUGCAAAAAUUUGCCGGUGCCAACCAAACUGGUGAUUUAAACGAUGAAACGAUAAAUUUGUUGAUGACUCCAAGAUGCCAAAACCCGGAUGUUUUUGAGAAGAAAAACAGAACAAAGAGAUUUCUUCUUGCUGAGCCCUGGCCAUCAACAAACUUGACGUACAAACUUGCUAAUUAUCCAAACAAAACAAUCAACUUGACCAAUUCCGGGAUAGAUAAAAUCAUCAGAAAUUCUUUAGCAACGUGGGCUAUUUACGCUCCCAAACUUUCAUUCUCGUUGAUUUCAAGCACAAGUUCAAGGAAGGCCGUGAUAAAUUUGAAAUUUGCCCGGUUGGACCAUGGAGACGGAAGUUCAUUUGAUGGACCAGGUGGAGUGCUGGCUCACGCAUUCUACCCGACUGACGGGGAGGUGCAUUUUGACGCCGACGAAUCUUGGAGCACUGCUACCAACAGUGGGGCCAAUUUUGAUUGGGUGGCAAUUCAUGAAAUUGGGCACGCCCUUGGCCUGGACCACAGUAGUGUGAAAGGUUCAAUCAUGUACCCGUACUACACCGGAUUUAAGGCAAACCUCACUCUGUCGCUGGACGAUAUAGCUGGAAUUCAAGAACUCUAUCCAGUGUAGAUCAAUUUUACAAAUGAAAUUAUUUUAAAAAUUCAGUUGUGUUGGCAUACUGCAUAUAAAUAAAUAGACAUCCUUAAACUUUGGUCGUAUAAUGUGAAUGUGUGUAACGGUUUGAAUCAUCGUUUUUAAGCAAAUUUGUUUUUCAAGACGUUCAUUUUUAUUUUCAACUUCCAACUUUUCAUUGUCUGAUUGCGUCAUCGAUGUAUUGACUUUGAAAUAGAUUUUUUACAAAAAUUUAUAAUUCAUUUUAUUUUAUAACUAAUAUUUAAAUUUAACGAAUACGAAUUUUCAUAAAUUUGUUGUAUCUAAUGUCAAUAGUUUCCCAAUAAAUAUCAAAAUUAUUAACCGUC